AUGAAUCAAUGCACCUUUCAAAUUUAACCUGCAGACUUGAAUCCGGAAAGGAAAACCUUAAUAAGUUUAGAUUGAAAAAUGGGUUUUUCUUACAAAUUAUUUCUGUUAACUCUAGCCAUUUUAGCUGUAUUUGGAGAAGCUGAAGACACAAUAUUCAGUGGUGAGAAGUUAUCGUCCGGUCAGUUUAUCGAGAACCCACCUUAUAAGUUCAUUAUGCAAAACGACUGUAACUUAGUCUUAUAUAAGUUGGAUAAAGCUUUGUGGGCUAGUAACACUAGAGGUCAUGGUGAUGAAUGCGUUGUUCUUCUACAAAAAAAUGGAAAUUUGGUCAUGUCUUCUGGUUCUGAUGUUAUUUGGUCCAGUAGUUCAUCUAGAGGUCCGAAUUCUUAUAGAUUAGUUGUUCAAACGGAUGGUAACGUUGUCAUAUACGGCGGUGCAACUUGGGCUACAAAUACAAUGCAAUCUUCCAAGAAGCUUCAUACGAAAGUUAACAUCCUUGCUGGUCCAUAAGCUUAAGUUGUGCAUGAGUGUGCCUGUUUUAAUUGGAUUGUCCCUGUUGAUGUGUAAUCGUUAGUAAUGCUGCAUAUUACAGCGAUAGCGUUAUUAUGUAUGCGUAUGUUCUGUUCUGGAUGUGCUGUAGCUGGCAGUGCAAAAGGUUUGUAAUAAUGCAAGUUUGUACGAUCGUGUGAAAUUGUCUGGUUUCUGCCCUAAGAAUGAAAAUUAAGUGCUUUGAACUGUAAAAUUUGCUCCUCCAGUUUGCUAAAUCAAUUAAUAUAGAUAGCUGGUAAAAAAAA